AAAAAUAAACGUAUGAAUGUACCUAGGGGGCCUGACUAGGCCGAGCCCGCGAUCACCGCUGCUGGCGCGUAGCCCUUCAACUCGACUCUCGAUAGUCCCGAGAGUCAGCACAUUUGACCUAGUGGCUACCACUGUGGCAUCACUCCUUAUCAUCGCUUCCCUUGCGCUGCUCGCCUGGCCCCUAAAGGCUUCCUCAUCGUCACUUUCCCGCGUCGUGCUCCAGCACUCUGCUUCAGUGUCCAGCGAUUCUACUGUGACGCAAGACGGCGUAGCAGGCUCGACGUCAGCCAUGCUAGCAUCGGUGACCCCAGGCGCUGCGGCUGCACCCACGAGCGCAGGCUCCUUCGUUGCAGCCGCACGCCCGCGCAUCAUCCUCUUCGGCGACAGCCUCACGGAGCGCGGGUUUGACCAGCCGGGCGGCUGGGCGGCCUACAUGGCGGCCAACUACACGCGCCGGGCGGACGUGGUGAACCGGGGCAUGUCGGGCUACAACACGCGCUGGGCGGUGCAGGUGCUGCCCUACGUGUUCGGGCAGCCGACCGCAAGCGCCGGCAGCGGCGGCAGUGGUGGCGGUGCUGGUGCUCUGGCGGGUCAGGUGCUGUUCGCCACGCUGUUCUUUGGGGCCAACGAUGCAGCGCGGAAGGAGGGGCCAGAGCACAGCGCGCGGCAGCACGUGCCGGUGGACGAGUACGGCCGGAACCUGCGGGAGAUGGUGUCGUACAUGCGGGCCACGGGCAUCAGCCGCAUCCUGCUGCUCACGCCGCCGCCGGUGUGGGCGCCGGGGCGGCGGAAACACAUGCUCUGGCGUGUGGGCGAGGCGUCCAAGGACUGGCCUCUGGACCGCACGCAGGAGGCCACUCAGCCCUACGCUCGGGCGGCGGCGGAGGCGGCGCAGGAGCUGGGAGUGCCGUGCCUGGACCUCAACACGCUGUUGCAGCAGGAGGAGGACUGGGGUGAGCGGCUGCUGUGCGACGGACUGCACCUCACGCCCACCGGGCAGGAGAAGCUCUGGUCGCUGGUGCGGGAGGCGGUGUGGCGGGAGUGGCCCGAGACAAGGCCCGAGGCGCUGAAGACUCAGUUCCCCGCCUGGGACGCGAUCGACUUCGCAGACAUCGCCUCCAGCUUCCUGCCGCAGGGGGAGCAGCAAGGGCAGGACGGUGCUGCCAAGGAGAAGGCGGGCGGCAAGGCCGCCGCGGCUGCUGCCGCGGGGGUGGCCAACGGCGCCAAGGCGUAGGGUUGUGGGAGGAGGGGCUGCACUCUGUAGGAUUGCAGAGGGAUGGAGGGUGGCCAGGUGGAACAGGCAGUGGGUAGGCAAGAAGUCGACCGCGUGUUAUGGGCCCCGGUGCGGGUCUCCCUAGGCAGGAUGGAAUGUCGGAGUAGCAGCAGGCACGAGCACAUGUCGUGGCGCGCGUGUCGAACUGCGGGGAGUACAGGAACGCUAUUCUUGGUGCUGCUGAGGGAGCGAUGCGGUGAAGGAUGGGGUAUCCUAAACUGGUGUUAGUCGGGGUCACUCGACGUGGGGGUCGUGCGGGAGGCCGUGUGCUGCGAGUGCUGCAACACCCGGCACGUGGACUUGGGCGGGGUGAGCGGUUGAUCCUUUCGACAUAAGUAUAACACGAUAUAGAUGCAGAAUACUGGAACAUGGCUGUCUCGCGUCUCCACAUUUC